CUCUUCUUUGUCCUAACAUGAACGACUUUUCUGCGAGAAGGGAUCAGUCUCGUCAUCUCUGACCCACUACAAAGAGGUUGCCGGUGCUGUGCGCCUGUGCCCAGCGAGCUAGCUGAGUAGCCGACGGCAAUGGCCGGUGUCCAGGAACCGUGCACCGGCGGCCGCGACGGCGGCCAGGGAACGCACCGGCGGCGCCGUGUCCUGGUGUUCCCGCUGCCGUUCCAGGGCCACAUCAACCCGAUGCUGCAGCUCGCCGGCGCGCUCCACGCGCGGGGCCUCGCCGUCACCGUGCUCCACACGCACUUCAACGCACCGGACCCCGCGCGCCACCCGGAGUUCCAGUUCGUGCCCGUGCCCGACGGCGUCCCCGCCGAGCUCGCCGCGUCCGGGAACGCCCUCGACAUCAUGCACGCCAUGAACGCGGCCAUGGAGGCGGAGGCGGAGGCGGCCGUCCGGGGCGUCCUCGCGUCGGUGCUCGGGGACGAGGGGCAGCCUCCGGUCGCCUGUAUUAUCUUCGACGCCAACCUCCUUGCCGUGCCCAGGGCUGCCACGGCGCUCGGCCUCAAGACGCUGGUGCUGCGCACCGGGAGCACGGCAUGCCUCUGUUGCUUCAUGGCCUACCCUAUGCUUCAUGAAAAAGGCUAUCUGCCUCCAAGAGAUUUGGAACUCUAUACGCCGGUGAAGGAGCUGCCACCACUGCGGGUAAAAGACCUCUUCUAUGCAACCGGGAGCUACCAAGAAACAAUGAGGAAAAUGAUUGCUCGAUCCGUAGAAGCAGUGAAAAAUUCCGCUGGUCUAGUGAUCAACACAUUUGAUGCUCUGGAGGCAGACGAGCUAGGGAGGAUCCGUGAAGAGCUCAACAUACCUCUAGUAAUCGCGGCUGGACCUCUUCACAAGCUUUCCUCUAGGAGUACAGGAAGUAGCUUAUUGGAGCAAGACUUUGGUUGCAUCGAGUGGCUCGAUAAACAAGCCUCAAAAUCUGUAUUGUAUGCCAGCUUCGGUAGCUUGGCUUCCCUGGACUCCAAUGAGUUCUUGGAAGUGGCUUGGGGUUUGGCCAACAGUGGCCAUCCUUUUAUAUGGGUGGUUCGGCCAGGCAUGGUACAGGGUUUGGACGGUCCAGAUUUACCAAAUGGCUUUGGGGAUGCCGUUGAGGGCAGGGGCAAGGUAGUUAAGUGGGCGCCACAGCAGGAGGUACUGGCUCACCAUGCAGUGGGCGGGUUUUGGACACACAAUGGAUGGAACUCGACAUUAGAGAGCAUCAGUGAGGGAGUUCCAAUGAUAUGUAGGCCCCUGUUUGCUGAUCAGAUGAUGAACGCUCGGUACGUGGAGAAGAGAUGGGGCGUAGGAUUUGAGCUGGAAGGAGUGUUGGAAAGAGGAAAGAUUGAGAAGGCCAUUAGGAAGCUGAUGGAGGAGCCCGAGGGAGAUGAGAUGAGGGAAAAAGCAAAGGAGCUAAAGGAGGAAGCGACGGACUGCUUGAAAAUUGGUGGGUCUUCUCAGAGUGCCAUUGACAAGUUGGUGAAUUAUAUACUUUCAAUGUGAACUUUAUGUUGUAUGCAGUUUUUUUUUUGGCAACUUUGCAACUGAAUGAUAAAUAUGUAUUUUCAUCCGUAUGGUAUUGCUGAGGAGAGCUAGAAGUGAGGACACCCACUCCUGGGCUCAGUCCCAGGAAGCCGGACCUACAGGGUCUAGAGGUGCUGAAGGUUCUCCGUGCAGAGGACCGAAAGGUUUGAGAACGUGUGUGCCGGUCAGAUGAGGUCCCCUAGGCCAGGGCCGGAAGGGGGAAAGUCUUCCGGGUCAGAUGAAGCUAUCCAUGGCACGCGAAGCUCGGUUUGCAUGCAUGAAGAUAAGGGGAGAAGGCCACGCAGCAGGAUAGGUGUCCCUCAAGAUUGCACCUCGGUGCUUCGAAGCCUUAGGCCGGAAGUGUAAUGACCAUAAGAAUUAUAGGAUAUGCAAGAAUAUGCCUUACUAUACCUUCCGUAAUACGUACUGAGGGUAUAGGAUAGUAAAACAGGGAGGCUCUGCUCCCUCUAGGCCUAUAAAUACUCAGACGGAAGGGUCUUGUAUUGAAUCUUGAAUGAAAUGUACUGGACACUUUAGGCCACAA